AUGGCCAAAGCAAGGAAAAAGAAGAGGACUCAUGUGCCCGACGACAAUGCCCCCGGAAAGCCAGGACAGACUAAUCGACGGCCCAAGAGUAUGGUUAUCCGCAUGGGCGCAGGCGACGUCGGGUCCAGUGUGACACAACUGGCGAGAGAUUUUCGAGCAGUGAUGGAGCCAGAUACUGCAAGUAGGCUGAGAGAACGACGAGCGAACAAGUUAAAAGACUACACCGCUAUGGCUGGACCUCUAGGUGUAACGCACCUCUUCCUCUUCUCCCGCUCACAAUCCGGCAAUGUCCACCUCAGAAUUGCACUUACCCCUCGCGGACCAACCCUCACUUUCCGAGUCGACCGUUACGCCUUAUGCAAAGACAUAGCGAAGGCCCAGAAACAUCCUCGCGGAGGGGGGAAGGAAUAUUUGAAUGCACCGUUGUUGGUCAUGAACAAUUUCACCUCUCAAGCAACCGAAGAUUCCAAAGCCGACCCUAUCAAGAAACAGCUCGAAUCUCUCACUACCACUGUAUUCCAAUCCAUAUUUCCUCCCAUAUCCCCGCAGACUACUCCACUCAGUUCAAUACGACGGAUUCUGCUAUUAAACCGCGAGCCUCAAUCUGAUGGUACAUAUAUAAUCAACCUCCGCCACUAUGCAAUCACAACCCGCCGAACAGAUGUCUCAAAACGAGUCCGCAGGUUUGAUCCAAGCGAACAGCGUCUACGAGAGAAAAAAUCGGGAGCGCUGCCGAACCUGGGCAAACUGGAGGAUGUAGCAGACUAUAUCCUGGACCCAUCAGCCGGGGGUUACACGUCCGCCAGUGAGACCGAACUGGAUACCGAUGCUGAGAUUGAAGUUCUAGAAACCACCACUCAGCGCGUCUUGAGCAGGCGAGAGCAACAAAGACAGCAGCAGAAACAAAAGCAACAGCAAAAUAGAGAAAAAGAUCAGGACACGACGAUGAAAGAGUCUGGGGAAAACGGCGGAUCUUCCAACGUAGAAAAAAGAGCCGUCAAACUUGUCGAACUCGGUCCCCGCAUGCGUCUCCGCAUGGUCAAAGUGGAAGAAGGCAUUUGCGAGGGACGGGUCAUGUGGAACGAAUUUGUGACCAAGACCCGCGAGGAGGAGAAGGCCUUAGAGGAGAAAUGGGAGAAGAAGCGGCAGGAGAAAGAAUCAAGGCGGAAAGAGCAGAAGGAGAAUGUGGAGAGGAAGAAGUUGGCCAAGAAGAAUGCCAAAAUCAAUGCAGGCAAGGGUGACGGUGGUGAAGGCGAUGAAGAUGACGAUGAGGAAGCAGACGAGGAAGAAUGGGAUAGCGAUGACAUGGAGGACUGGGAUGACGAGAUGGACGACGUCGCCGAGGAGAACAAAGACCAAAAUGAGGAGUAG